UGUUCCGGGAGAAGAAGAAGAAGAAUGACGGCUACAGCUAACGUUAGCUAGCAGGUGGGGCUCGAAAAAUGUUGCGCUCCAAAUCUUUUUGUCAUUUUUCUCUUUUGGCGAGGCACAGCCGUAACUACAAAUUACUCUGCCCACAGUGUAACGAGUCAGGCAGAAAAUAAGCACCAGUGUUUGUUAUUAGAGGGAUUUAUUAAGUAGUUUUUAGGAGGCUGUGUGUGUUUGUGCAGGAGGAGGGGGUCGUGUCUCCGGUCAGCUGUCCGUCAGAAAGCUAUAAACCUCAGACUAACAGGAGGAAACAGUGCAUCUGUUGGGGACUAUUUUCAGCGGCGGAUGAAUCCACAUGUGGUGCUGUAUGAGGAUUGUGGAAAACAGCAGUCAUGGCAGCUCCGGUAAACAUCCAGACUCCCAGUAAAACCUGGGAGCUGAGUCUGUAUGAGCUUCACAGGAGCCCUCAGGAGGCGAUCAUGGAUGGGACGGAGGUGGCGGUGUCUCCGCGCUCUCUGCACAGCGAGCUGAUGUGUCCCAUCUGUCUGGACAUGCUGAAGAACACCAUGACGACCAAAGAGUGUCUGCACCGCUUCUGCUCCGACUGCAUCGUCACCGCGCUGCGAUCAGGGAACAAAGAGUGUCCGACCUGCAGGAAGAAGCUGGUCUCCAGGCGUUCGCUGCGCCGAGACUCCAACUUCGACGCGCUGAUCUCGAAGAUCUACCCGAGCCGGGACGAGUACGAGGCCCACCAGCGCCGCGUCCUGGAGCGACUCAACAGGCUGCACAACAAGGAGGCGCUGAGCUCCAGCAUCGAGGAGGGGCUCCGACAGCAGGCCCGCUACAGGUCCGAGAGGAACCACCGGGUGAAGAAGCCGACUCAGGAGAGUGACAACACCACCUUCAGUGGUGGGGAAGAUAACGGCGACGCCCGCUCACAUCUAUCUCAUGACUCCGCCCCCUCACACACCCCUCACCCCCCCGGUCAGACCCCCUCAGAGGCCGGGCCGAGCCGCAAGCGGCCGCGAGUAUCGGACGACGGCUCAGGGCCUGAGGCGGACAGCGGCAGCCCCACCCCUCCGCUGAGACGCCACAAAGAGGGGCCGGGCUCGGAGAUAGAGCUGGUGUUCAGACCACACCCGCAGCUGGUCCAAGACCAGGACUACAACCAGACCAGAUAUGUGAAGACGACAGCCAACGCCACAGUGGACCAUCUGUCUAAAUACCUCGCUCUGCGCAUCGCUCUGGAGGAGGGACAGACCAACCGAGAGACGGAGGACAGAGGAAGAGAGGAGGGGGGAGGAGAAACUGAAGGAACAGCAGGAAGUGGAGAAGGGCCGACUCUGAGCAACAUCAGUGAGAAACAGUACACCAUCUACAUCAUGACGAGAGGAGGACAGUUCUCUACGCUGAACGGCUCUCUGACUCUGGAGUUGGUCAACGAGAAAUACUGGAAGGUCAGGAAGCCUCUGGAGCUUUACUACGCUCCCACCAAGGACCAGCAGCAACCACAACCGCCACCGCCACAGCAACCGCAACAGAAGUCUCCUCCUCCUCCUCCUCCUCCUCCACCACAGAGGGAGGGGUGAGGCAGAGCAGCGUGCUGCUUUUCUCUCCAACCCUCCUCCCAUUUAACCACACGUCUUCUUUUAAAGAUUAUUAUCAGCGUAUCUCUUUUAAAAAAAAAAAAAAAAAAAAAAAAAAAGUGCCGGCAUUAAGAUGGCCGCGUUUGAUUUCAUCUGCGAAAUGAACUGAUCAUUUCGAAUGUGUGAAAUCUGACCCGAGACCUGAUUUUUGAAGGAUUGAUCAACAAGUAAAAAAAAAGAUCAGCAGCAUUGAGGAGAAAACCGCUAAAUAACAGCUGGUAAAUCUUUUGCUUUUGUCUGCUUUACCGGACGCUGCUCUGGUAAAUAACUAGCCUUCAUUUGUUGACGCCAUCGGGGAGAGGCCUGGGAUUAUAAACUGUCACUGUGGCCGAUGGACCUGGACAUGACAAGUGAGAUCCCAAGAAUCUGCAACUCGUUAGCUUCUGUUUCCCAUCAGUUUGAAUAUCUUAUGACUUACAAAUACUUAACUACACACAUUUAAAAAGACAAAGCUGUGCAAAGUCUCUGCUACUGCCGCUACAACCUUCUCUGAUCUGAAUGUUUGACAGUUUUUAGUGGGGAUGCACCGAAAUGCUGGACCGAUACCAGUGCUGAAAAUAACUAUUUGGCCGAUAGCCGUUUUUUGUUUUUGUUGUUAUUUACCCCCCCCCCCCCCCAACAAAGAAAUCUUCAUUAUAAAAAACCUGAACUGUCAGCCCUUCAUCGCACUAUCUUUGAAUGAGCAUAAAUUCAAUAAUACAAAUUUAUGAAACGACCUUUAAUGUAACCUUCUUUCACAUGAAAACGUUUCUUUUCAGCUUCAAAAGCCUUUUUAGCUGCUGUACAACAAAUACAAAGAACCAACGCAAAAUUGAGACGACAGAUAAACAUCAGCCACUGCCGUCGGUGAAUGUCAUCCUAUUAACGAUCGCAGUCCACAGGGGGAAUGUCGGCCGAUGCCGAUAUAUCGGUGCAUCCCUGUUUUUUUAAUAAGUUUCAGUUCUGAUUCUGAGUGGGAUUGUUUUUCCGAUACUUACUUUUCUCAAAAUAAAAAAAACACAUUUUAUUUAUUUCUCCUGACACAAACAGCCAUAUUACAAACAAUAGAGAAUUAAAUAUGAAAAUUGGCAAACGUAUUAAGGCAAUACCUUUGGAAGCCCAUUUCAGCCAGGAAAAUAAAAAAAAAUUGAUGAAAAGUUAGAAAUGAUUAAAAAAAAAUACUCAUCAGUCCAAAUUGUGAGAUUCUAAGUCAACGUCAGUGGGUCGUGAAUCAAUGUGAGUCAAAAUUUAAACUUUUCAAGUCACAAUUUUCGUUAAAAUGUCAAAUUUAUUCAUUUUUUUUUGGUCAAAAUUCUGGGAUACUAAGUUUUAACUCUGAGGAAAGUAAAAACUAUGAGGAAGGGUUUUUUAGUAUGAGAUAAGUCAAAUGUUUGACUUCCUCAAUACAUAAAGUUAGUAUCUCAUAAUUUUGACGCAGUAUUUCAAGUUUGGCCUGCAUUUCACUGCACAGUGUAGAGAUAUGUCGAGUAUGUGACAAAUAAACUUGAACUAAUAAUUGCGAGUGUUUUCGUUUUUGUCAUUCCUAACACUACAUUCGUUUUCUGUCUCCUGGCGGAAAUGAGCUUCCAUAAACAUCUUGCCGAAGGCAACAGGACCAAUAAUGAGACGUCGUCACUCAGCCUCACUGUGAAAAGCGGAUAUGUGCAGCGUCCUACAUUCCCUUUAAUGUGUACUUUUAAGAGCUCCAAAGAUGUGUGCAGGUACCUUUUAACUUGUCUGCUAUAUUUUACCAAGAAAUACCAUUUUCCACCUUAAAAGAUGUAGCUGUAACACCCACCUUACCUCCUGUUUUUUUCUUCAAACAUGCCGAGAUGUUCAGUUCGUAUCUGUUUUUUCUCCUAAAAAAAUAAAAAAAUGUUUGCAUGAA